UCGCCUGAUUCGCAGCGCUAGUACGUCGUCGCGCAUUUCGCCGGUGGCGGCGACGACGACUAUCACGAUUUAUAAAUUUGAUGCUUGAACAUCGUCGCCAGCGCUAGCGCACCCCGGUUGUUAUAUAUUCCAUCGAGGUGUAAUAUAUAACGUGCGCGUGAUAUUAACAUGGCGGCGCGGUGAUCGAGACGCGAGUAAAAAGAGAAAGAGAGCGCGAGGCUCUGUGCGAAACCGAGGAUCGCCUCUUUCGCCAAGUUAUAAUAUAGGUAUAAGUGUAGUAAUAACCAGUAUCCAUCACGAUGGACAUCGCGUCGAUGCUCGAAGUCGAGGUCCAGGAGGUUGCCGAUAGCAAAGAGAAUGUAAUACCAGAUCUCCAACUGCAUCAGCGCUUUCCAUGCGUCACCUUCUCCUCAGAAGAGAAUGAGUUUUACAAACUGACAUAUGGUAGUGAUGUUGCUUCUGUACGAUUUCUCAAGCUCCAUUGCACUAGCUGUGCUGAACAUAUUGGCUCUGCUCCAAAUAAAGCACAUAACAUGCAUGAACAUCCAGUUUUGCGUGUCCUGCUAUGUGGCAAAUGUCGUGAAUUCUAUGGGACUGGAACUUUUGAACAAGGUGACGAUGCCACUGAUAUGUAUUGUCGUUGGUGUGCAAAUGGUGGCAACCUCUUCUGCUGUUCUUACUGCAGUAAUACAUUCUGCAGUGCCUGUAUAAAAAGAAACUUUGAUCCUCCAACCAUCAAGAGGAUAGAGGAAGAGGAGUCAUGGAAAUGUUUUGUCUGUGAUCCCAAAGACUUGUAUCCACUACGCUCUUUAUGUCGAGCACUCUUAUCUCAUAUAGAAACAGUGACUAGAUUAUUAGAAAAUGCGAAGAAUAUGAGCCUUAAAGAGAUAGAAGAGAAGAUGCAUUUAGACGAGACAAAGUGCUGUUCACGGAAACGUAAGCGUGGAAGACGACGGACCAUGUCAAUGUCAGAUGAUGAGGAGGAAGACACGUCUUAUGUGCCAGAGGCUGAAAGAGCCGAUUCACCACCAGCGAAAAAACGUAAAAUUAGGUGCGGUACCGUGCGAAAUGUAUUAAGCAAUGGAUACGAUCACGAGUACAGUAAUCGUCGUGAGAAAAAUAAUUCUGACGUUGAUCCCACUGAUCUCAUGAUGACGUGCGAGCAAAGCAUGGUCGAAGGGGAUUCGGAAAUUUUGAACAGCGAUGAUCCCACUCAAGAACCCGUGCAGUCACCACGAACAACACCUAACAUAAUCCGUCAGCAACCACGGCAAGUGCAAUUCAAAAAAAUCGCUCCAAACAAUAUGGCAAUAAAUCCAGUACCCCUGGCGAAUCUUCUUAAAGUGGCAAUAUCCUCGAAGCAAAUCAAAAUUGGUGGAAUGAAUAAAAAAUUAGUGGCAGUGCCUAUGUCGAUGGUUCCGAAAGGUGUAGUAACGAGUAGCAUAAACUUUGUCAAACCGCCGACACAUUUCCUCAUGCCGAAAAAUACAAUGAAACCAGUAGUUCAACAAGUGGUUCGUGUACCGCCGUCAACUGCACAGCAACAACAACAGCAGCAGAAGCACCAACAACAGCAACAAUCACCAAGUGUCAUUGACUUAGAUAGUGACGACGAACCAGUGAUUUUGGAUAAUUGUGAUAACAAUUGCGAAGUGAACAAUGGUGUUGUGUCAGAUGAACAUGUGACUAUCACUGAUCAAAUCGAGGAAAUUGAAGAGACUUUCAUUGUUGAUAAUGAUAAUACCGUUAACUCUGCUAACACUGCUCAGCCUAAUAGUCAGCAGAUUACGGACGACGAGUUGGUGGUGAUCUCGGAGAAAUCGCCAAAAUCAGCUUCCGCAGCACCGCCAGUGAUUACCGUCGACGGCAUGAUACCUCUGAAGACUCAACAACGCGAUCAGCGUUUCAAAAAGAUGCUCGUGCUUCAGAGCCAAGAGAUUGACAGCACCAUUGGCAAGUUGAAGACCAAAGUGUUGAAAUUAAUGCAAUUGUCGAAUAACCGACCUCAACACGAUGAGGAUCUGUUGAAUUCAGCGGCCAUGUGUACCAAAAGGUUUCACCGAGCUAUGAGGAAAGCACUUGUCGAGUUGUCACAAAUUAACGACAGGUUAGUCAAAGACUACUUGCACUGGAGGAAGAAUUCAAUCAAGAGUGGCGUGAAAAAGAAGAGUCAACCCAAAGAAGACAUUCCCUUGGAAAUGAUCUGCGUGCGAGAGUCAGCAUCGGAAUCAGACAACGAUGACGACGAUGACGACAAUUACAUCGAAAAUUUCGAUGGUGAAAAUCGCGUGAUUGAAGGAAAUUCUGAUCUACCACCAGAAUUCGCGACGAUUCUCGAUCAUUUAACAAUAUUCAAACGCAAAGUGACGGCUGUCAAAGGUAUCGGUGGUAACGCGUCGGUGUGGACGGAAGACAAAGCAUGUCAAGUCGACGAUGUGCCUUGGAGAGAUUACGAGAAAUGUAUCGGUUACUCAUUACUUACGAGGUCGGAUUACGAUCCCGAGACAAAAGAGGAGAUACUUCGGCCUGUUGUCACGCCUGACGAGAAUUUUGGUAAAUAUCAAGAACAGUUUUUGUUCUAUCUGCAGCAUAUCGAGGAUCAUGGUAUCGAAACCGACGACUCAAAGGGAUUAGCUGAUCCGAAUCAAAUUCCACUGAAAGAUUUGAUUGAUGGUACGUCGCCCUUUAUUACAGAUAUGCUAGAACGACUGAGUCCUGUGACCCUUUCGAAUGGUGGUAACUUUGACGAUUCGGAUCCAAAUAUUAUAAAUAUCGCAGAUCAAGCGGAAAUGGAAAUAUGUCUUAAUGAGAAUGAAACGCCGGAAGAGUCGGAAAAAAAAUCGGAAGAGAACGCGGCGCCAACGUCCAAAGCUGUGGAAGAACUUGUUAAAAUGGUAACGAAGUUGAAUGAAGAUUUACGCAGCGAACAGGUAAUCGCUGAGAAAAAGACAAACGAGGAAAAGAAGCUUAGUCAUGUUGAGCUAGAGCAAGAAACUCGUGAUGCGGUAAAUUCAAUCCUUCACGUGGUUGAUAAGAGUUACGAAGUAGAGCACAAAAUGGACACUGAUAUGUGUACUAGUAAUGACAUCGCCGAUGAUGACUGUACGACGAUUGACUAGUUAACGAUCAAUUAAUAAACCUUGUCUUCAAGAAGCAAUUAAUUAUCCAAUUUCUCUCUUAUCUCGUUAUGUUAAAAACGAUCUCUGUACCCCAGAGUAAGUGAUUCUGAAACUGUUGAUUUCACCUACAGAUAAGAGAUGUUUAAUCAAUUCUUUAAUAAGACAACCGUUGUUAGGGGUUUUGAAAAUAUUUAUCACAGAGUUGUAAGAAGUCACGGUUUUUUAAUGCCGAUAUUAUCUUUUAACAAAAAAAAAUCGUCUUGCAUAUUUUUUGUACAAUCGAUUUAUAUAUAGAUUCCUAACUGUGAGACUUGUACAUAGGUAUUUCUAAAUGGACGUUAAUCUUAUUAUUUUUUUCAAUUUUUCGGGAUAUUUUCAAAAAAUAUGUAACGAAUAUUAUUGAAAUAAAGUUUUUUGAGAAUUCUCGAUUCAAGAGAAAAAAGAAAAUCGCUGACAAAGAAUAUAAUAGAUAUAAGAAUUAAACGAAUUGCAAAUAAGAAAGCAUAAGAGUUAAUCAUUACAAAUUCUACAAGUAAGCACAGGUUGUAAGCUUAUAGCAGUGAAUAGAAUAUGUGAGAUAAUAACUAAAAAACAAAAUAUGAGGUAGAUCAAAACGAAAUUCCAAAUCUCUAUGCUUAUUGAAGGCAGGGUUCGUUUCAUACAUAUACCGAUUUUACGUGAUUACUGAACUGAAUACAAUUUUUUUUGUUUACUUUAUUUAAGGUAAUGCUUGUCCAUUAAACACAAUAAUAAAAUACGAUAUAAAAAAAAAUAUAUAUAAAAAUCUGAUAUAUCUUUCCACAGAACAAUUAAC